AUGAAACUGCUCGCUGCCGCACUCACUUUCAUCGCCGCCGCAUGCAUUCCCACAGUGACUGCAGGAAGUUCGCAGGUUGAUUCAUCUCGGGGUUCUGGAGACCGUGGAAAUGUGCCCAAGGGAUUCCUCACAAGAAAGGGGACCAAAUUCAGACUCGACAAUAAGGACUUUGCUUUUGUCGGUUCAAACUCCUACUGGCUACCAUUGUUGACAACCCAUGAAGAUGUCGACCGCACUCUUCGCGAUGCCAGAGCAGCGGGAAUUAAGGUGAUGCGUACAUGGGGCUUCAAUGCCAUCAACGCAACCGAGCUUCCUACGGCGUUGGCCACGAAUCUAACAUACUACCAAGUAUGGAAUGGUACACGCUUCACAACAAACUAUGGCGAACAAGGCCUGAAGCGUCUAGACUAUGUCGUAAAGGCGGCUGCCAAGUACGAUGUCAAACUGAUUCUCGCAUUCACCAACAACUGGGUUGGCUAUGGAGGUGCGGAACUGUAUAUCAACUGGAUCAAACCUGGUAGCCCAAAUCACGACAUUUUCUACACGGACCCUGCUAUCAUUGCCGAAUAUCAACGAUAUGUUAAGAUUAUCGUUAGUAGAUACAAGGAUUCUCCAGCCAUUGCCGCCUGGGAGCUCAUGAACGAAGCGCGGUGCUUGGGUGAUCUUCCCGCUGGACCCAACUGCCCUGGGAAGCGGCUCCUGACUCAGUGGUACAAACAACAGUCUGAUUAUGUCCGCAAUUGUAGCGAUCCAUAUCACUUGAUAACCACUGGUGGCGAGGGACACUUCUUCUGGAACAACCCACCAGUAAUCUGGUUCAAUGGUACUGGAUCCACGGAUUACAACUACAAUGGACAAGCGGGUGAAGACUUCGAAGAGGAUCUCAAACUGCCCAACAUUGAUUUCGGAACAUAUCAUAUUUAUGUGACCUAUUGGUAUCCCCAGUUGAUCUACCCAGGAUCCAACUUCUCUGCAUACGAGUGGGGCCUUGGUUGGAUCCAGCAACACGCAGAUGCCGCAAAGAAGAUCGGCAAACCUGUCAUCCUCGAAGAGUUUGGCGUUGCCUCUUACGAAAGCAAACUUGCUUGGUACCCAGGCUGGGUGCAGCGAGCUCUCGAUACAUAUCAUGGAACUCCCUGCUUGCUCGAAUGCCUUUCUGACCAGAUUAGAAUCAUGCCGUGGCAAUACGGCCAACUUGGACUCACCGAGAGUGGCGGGAACCGCGUUAUCAAGUACGCAGACGCGAUUAUCGACGGUGCAUCACCCAACGACUCCAAUACAUUCUACAAGAACCAGACCGAUAUCUGGACUAUCUUUACGCGUGCAGCGGCCAUCCAAGAUGCCCGCAGUCGUUAA